AUGCUACCUUAUACCUCCACAGCAAACGUCCUCGACUCUCCUACAAAAAAGAUCAAGAGCCUCGUCGACGCCUCAAAGGUCCAGCUCGACCCAAAGUUCACCCUUCGCAACUAUGUCCGCUCAGCAAAUUCCAUCCUGAACCUUGCUGAUACGGCACGGGUCAAAGGAGACAUGGAGGGAGCGUUUGUCAACUAUCUCAAGGCUACAACGAUUGUGCUUGAAAUCGUCCCUAAAGUCAAGGACUUUGAAAAGCAUAAAAACGAUUCAGAAUACGUGGCGAUUAAGAAGAGAGUCGUGGGAUUGAUAUCGGACACAGAAAAAAUCAGGGAACUUUUGCAGGCAAAGUACGAGAGCAUUCAGGACAUUGAGGUGUCAGCAUUGGCAGCAGCAGCAAAAGCUGGUCGGCCGAAACCUCCACCUCUCCCCAGCAAACCAAAGUUCCUCUCAUCAUCUCAACAUGACGGCCAGGCACCGAUCACAGCCGCGUCGGCAUUCGCCAACGCUUCGUCUUCAGCUCCACCAACGCCCUUGGUCGGUCAUCUUUCAGCGGUUCCGCCACCUACUCCGCCCAAUUCGUUCCCAAAUUUGUUACAAGGACAGUUCAACGCACUCUCAUUCUCAUCAAGUGGGGCCCCAUCGAUCCCGCCAACGACAUCACUCGCCUCUUACAAACCCUUACAGCCAACGAUGUAUGGAUCCUCUCCACAGCCCUCGUCGGAGCCAUUCAAACCACAGCCCAUUUCGAUCCCAAUGAACACCACCCAAGGAACUGCAGCCAUGCCCUCGACAACGCCUCUUGCACCAUUCUCAGUAGGAGCCAUUCCCUUAACACUGCCGUCGGGAUCAGUGCCGUUCUCUCAAACCACCAACAGACCUGUCCCUGUGCCCAGGACGGCACUCACACCAAUACCUCCAGCAUCGGCACCAGCAGCUAUGCUUUCUGGAAACACGGACUCUAAACCCCCUCCUUCGAUCUCGACGCAGUCUAACGCCUCCACCGCAUCAGCGGCAGCCAACACGAAUGGAGAGUAUCGGGGCCCGCUCUCUAUCAAACCACAGCGUCUUUUGGAAUAUUUCUGCCAACUAAAGCCACCUUCGCUGCUUCUCAUCGAUGUCCGUAUGCAAGUGCAAUACAAGAGUGCCAAAAUCAAGACCAAGUCGAUCGUGAAUGUCGAGCCAUUAGCACUUCGAGACGGGGUGUCGGCCAAGGUAAUCGCAGAGCAGGGACUUUUCAACAACCCACAGGAAGAGCGACAACUGUUUGCAGACAGAGCAUCGUUUGAUCUUGUCAUCUACUACGAUCAAAACUCUCAGGAAAAGGAGCAUUCGCCAACUCUCACUACUUUGUUCCGUGCGCUUCAUGAUUUGGAGUUUGACAGACCGCUUUCGAGAAGACCUGUUUUGUUGGUUGGCGGCUUUGAUGGAUGGCUCGACUGCGCUGGCAUGGAUUGGGUGGAGGGACAGGAUGUCGACAACGCCAAAAAUCUUCACCCCUCUCCUUCUUCUACUCCUUCUCUUGGCCAGAAUGGAACGCCCCACUUUGGAAUGACUUCUAUGGCGACGAGCCCCAACCAAACCUAUGCUAUCUUGACAAAGGUUUCCCGAGGAGGAGGUAUCAGUCGGACCGACGGCAAAGCUAUUUUGGCCAACAUUGAGGACUAUAUUCAUCGCGAAGAUGGCCCUCAGUCGAUGAUCAACCCACGGAAUGUGUCGAGUCCAUUGAAGGUUCCCAACCAAGCAUACCCACCUCAAGCAACGCCUUACAGCAACUUCAAUGCCUCCUCUUUCCCGCCCAACCAACUGGGAUACAACAGCCCAACCAGUACCGUCAAUGGCAGCAGUAACCCAACGUUUGCUGGUAGCUACCCACCCAUGCAGCCAGGAGCCUCAUCAAUUACAGGACGCCUUGGAGACCCUAGUAUCUGGAUGCAACCUGGCAGCCAAACCAUUGGUUCGGUCGUCCCCUCAAAUGGGAUGGGAGCUAACAAGGAUACCAUGCCUGGGCAGCUGCAGAGACGCAUGACAAUCUACGACGACCACUGGAACCAAUUUGGAUCUGAAAAACCCUUCUCACCCACAGCAACAUCACCACCCAUCCCGGACAAGAUUCCUCUUUCUGGAUAUAACAUGUCGGCGGCUAUUGCAGGCAGCAACAUGAUGUCUGGACCCAAUGUGCCAGCACCGGCACCUAAUAUGACCAGGCGCCCGUUUGUUCCUCCCAGACCGAUGAGGCCGCUGCCCCAGCCCCCAGGCAUGAACGAUCUCAAGGACUACACCAAGUUUGGAUCGGGGUUUUCCAAGAUUGGAGGAUCUCAGCUGGGCAAAGCAGGACUGACGAACCUAGGCAACACCUGUUACAUGAACUCUGUGAUCCAGUGUCUGAUCGCCACCCCUCCGUUGACACGUUUCUUUAUGGACGGCAGUUUCAAGCGGUACAUCAACAUCACCAACCCCCUGGGAUCUCAGGGUCGUUUGGCGGACGCGUUUUGUACAUUGAUCAGGAGCAUGUGGAGUGGUCAGUCGUUAGUGUCGCCGACAGGCUUUCGAAACGAGAUCAGUGGAUUUGCUCCGCAGUUCAAGGGCAACGAGCAGCAUGACUCGCAAGAGUUUUUGUCAUUCUUGUUGGAUGGUCUGCAUGAAGACUUGAAGUUGGCACCCCGGCUACUCCCUCCUGGUGCGGACGAUGAAGGUUCGGAGGCGGAUGAGGCACGAAUGGAGGCUCUACCUGAGAUUGAGGCGUCCGAGAUUGCGUGGCAGCGGUACUUGCGGAGAGACAGCUCGAUUAUUGUCAACAUUUUCCAGGGUCAGUACAAGAGCCGACUCUGCUGCAACAAGUGUGGCAAGACCUCGACGACGUAUAACCCGUUCAUGUAUUUGACACUACCCGUCAAGGUCAAGUCCAGUGGUCGCCAACCUCAGACAUUGACGUCGUGCCUAAAUGCGUUUGUUGAGCCCGAGUUGAUGGAAGGCGAUAACGCUUGGAACUGUCCCAACUGCAAGAAGCCCCGCAAGGCCACCAAGCAACUGACGAUCAGCCGAGUCCCGGACGUGCUAUUGAUCCAAUUGAAGCGAUUCUCGUCUGACGGACCGUUCAAGAACAAGAUCAAGGCGAUGGUGCAGUAUCCGACUGAGGAUCUUGAUCUGACAAAGUACCUUCCCAAGCGAGCUGCGAGCCUAGGCCCAGUCGAGCCGGCAAUCUAUAAGCUGUAUGCGGUGUCGAACCACUCGGGCGAAGUUAGCAGUGGACAUUACACUGCCUGUGUGCGCGACACAACAUCCAACAGCUGGACCAAUUUUGACGACACGCGCGUCUCUCCCUGUGACAAGAGUGUUGCCGUGGAGCCAUGGAGACCAUUGAUCGACUAA